GUUGCCAGAAGACACAAGUAUUGCGCCCAUCUCGUUCAGGGUGACAGAAAACAAUACCCCCAAGAAGGCAGUGAAGGGACAAUCUGAAUAGAGCUUUGGCACAGGAGGGGCACAGAGCCGGAGCACUGGGAGGGUCUCCUCUGCUAACCAGGAGCCUUUCUCUUCGGGAUGGAAUCGAGGAGGAGAGAAAUCCCGUAGUCCAAGCCGGCAAGAGAGUGAUAGCGGCUAGCAUGCCACCUUGUCAUUGUAUUGCCUGCUAACGAUCAUUGUGCCAUCAUCCAGGCUGCCUUUUGACGGUGGUAUUCGGGGAGGGGUGUGAGACAUCAGAGGGAGCAUAGCAGCAGCCACACACCCGCAGGAACCCACAGACUCGGGAAGUGACAGGGGAUGCCCAGUGACGGUUCUGGAAAGGGGCUGUCUGCUUUUGCCUAUCCUUAUUGAUGCUCCUGGCCUGUCGGAUCCACCUCACCCCCAGCCUCUCACAGCACCAGCAGCUGCAACCCCCCGCGUCUCACCAUGGAUGGAUUGCACCCUGCCUCCUGGAUGCUGCUGCUGGGAUCCCUUGCUUUCUGGUCCGCAUCCUCCUUACUCCUCUUCUCCUUAGCUCUACCGGGUGUUCGAGCAUCCAACCCACUGCCCAGCGAAUGUCACAAUGGCAAAGGCAAAGCUGGAAUUAACUGCUCAGAACUGAGCUUGAGGGAGUCUGAAGUCCGACGAGUGUGUGAUGAGUCUACAUGUAAAUAUGGAGGAGUGUGCAAAGAAGAAGGGGAUGUUUUGAAAUGCAUCUGCCAGUUUCAGUGCCAAACAAAUUAUGCUCCAGUGUGUGGCUCAAAUGGGGACACUUACCAAAAUGAAUGCUUCCUGAGGCGCUCUGCCUGUAAACAGCAAAAAGAAAUCACAGUAGUAGCAAGAGGACCAUGCUUUUCUGAUAUUGCAUCUGGAUCUGGAGAAGGAGAAUAUGAAGGAUCCGGGGGUGAGGUUCAUAAGAAACAUUCCAAAUGUGGAAACUGCAAGUUUGGAGCAGAGUGUGAUGAAGAUGCGGAAGAUGUAGGGUGCGUCUGUAAUAUUGACUGCAGUGGACAUAACUUUAACCCUGUUUGUGCCACUGAUGGUAGUUCCUACUCCAACCCUUGUCUGGUACGGGAAGCAUCAUGUCUCAGGCAAGAACAGAUUGAUGUAAAGCAUCUGCGGAGCUGUAUAGAAACAGAUGAAACAAGCAUAAUGGGUAAGAAAGAUGAAGGCAUACAAAACCGACCCGAGGUGAAAGAUUCCACUGAUCAGAGGGAAGGAGAUUUCAUGGGAAAUUAUAUUCCAUGUUCUGAGAACUACAAUGGCUAUUGUGUUCAUGGAAAAUGUGAACUGAGCUAUUCAACUCAGAAAGCAUCAUGUCGGUGUGAUUCUGGGUACACAGGCCAAUACUGUGAUAAAACAGACUUCAAUAUACUUUAUGUAGUUCCAAGUAGGCAAAAGCUUACCCAUGUGCUCAUAGCAGCUAUCAUUGGAGCAGUGCAGAUCGCUAUUAUAGUUGCAAUUGUCAUGUGUAUCACAAGGAAGUGCCCCAAAAACAACAGAGGUCGACGGCAGAAGCAAAACCUUGGCCAUUUUUCUUCAGAUGCUUCUUCCCGGAUGGUGUAGCUUCACUUUUUUCUCCCUUCUGUUUAUUUGUUUUUAUACUUACAUUGACCAUGUGAUGUACAUUUUUAAUUCUAUGUUUUUUAAAGAAUGGAGAUAUUUAUUUCAGAGGCCUUAUUUUUUUGAGCAUUUUAUCAUUUAGCCAUGUUGGUUGCCUGCUGUACCUACAAAGCAUCAGCUGAGACAGCAAUGGACUGACAUAGAGUUUCAAUUUCUUCUUUUCUUUUUAAUUUCUUUCUUGGGUGCACUGCCUUCCAUUUUGCGAGUCACUUUCACAUAGCUGUAUUUAAAUACAAUUCUGCAUUUCAGCAUUUGCAAUCCUGUUGGGGUAUAUUCUCUAAAUUUAUUUUAAUUGCAUAAUUAAUUAGGGCAAUUAACAAACGGAAACAUUUUUUGAUGGUACAUACACAUGAAGAAUAUUUUGUUCCAGUGCCAAUCUCAGCAAGUGUUGGAUUAUACAAUUACAUUUUGUAGACGAGUAUGUUAGCAUAGAUUAGUUUAGCAGUUUCUAUAAACAAUAUUUAAUAUAAACUUCAAAAACAUACAUUGGUAGAGGGUAAAAUGAUCACACACGUUGGUGGAUGAAGUAUUAACUGCAUAUCCACAUUUGGUUGUUCCUAUGGAACACAGAGUUAAGCAACCCCCCCCCCAUUGACUUAAAUAAACAUCUAAUGAUAAGUGGGAAAUAAGGAAACCUUGCAAAGAUGGCAUGAGAUAAAGGUAACAAUGUUUACAGUCUUUUUUUCCUAACCAGACUUCGUAGAAGACACUGUGUUUAAAUAGAUAUCUCAAUGUUUUAUAGGAAUUAGUUACCAUUUUUAUUUAUAACACUGGUUAUCGCAUGAUAUGUGAAUUGUAUACUGUGAGUAGUGGUAAAAUGUUAAAUAUGUUAUAUGGUUUAAUCUUGAGAAUUGUGCCCUUUUGGCACAAGAAAUCAAGAAAUGAUGAAUGAAUCUGAAGCAUUUUUGGUGUUAAACUUUGACCAUUUUGUAAUUUCCUUUUUUUAUUGUGUAUGUCAUGAAGUAUUUUUUAAGCAGCUGCUAAAAAAUGCAUAUUUUAGCAAAAUCGAACUUGACACCAUGAAAACACAGUUUAUGCUUCAAUUGAUCGUAUUGUUGUCACAUAAAACCACUGAGCAAAGACAUUAAUGAAAAGCCCUCUUUUUAGAUAUUCAAAAGACGUUCAAUAAUUCUGGAAAAAUCUUCCUGACCUUUGACAGUUUAAGAACUUUUGUUACACUGAAAUAAAUGUUUAAAUUUUCCUGUAAAAUAAAACCGUGAACUCUGGACAAUACUGUUUAUUUGAGCAUCAUUAUCAAAAUAAACAGCUUCUUUCAUAAAAAUGAGAGCAGCAGCAACUUUA